UUCAAAUCCAUCUCCCCGUUUCGAGUCCUCUUCUUCCAGAUCUGAACCGCCGGAGUCUACGACAGAUCGAGGCAGUCGUAGGAGGAGAAGGGCGUCUCCAUCGACGUCGUCGUUAGUAUGGGUCGCGAGGGCAUUGGCGGAGGCGGCGCCGGCGGCGCUGUGGCAGAGGGAGUUUUGAGGAAGAUUCUGCUUUCCUACGCCUACGUCGCCAUAUGGAUCUUCCUCAGUUUCACCGUCAUCGUCUACAACAAGUACAUCUUGGAUCCGAAAAUGUACGGAUGGCCCUUCCCCAUCUCCCUCACCAUGAUCCACAUGGGCUUCUGUUCCUCUCUCGCCUUCCUCCUUGUCCGGGUCUUUCGCCUCGUCGAUCCGCCGUCCUCUCCGGCCAUGUCCCGCGCCCUCUACCUCUCCUCCAUCGUCCCCAUCGGCGCCCUCUACUCCCUCUCCCUCUGGUUCUCGAACUCCGCUUACAUCUACCUCUCCGUCUCCUUCAUCCAGAUGCUCAAGGCCCUCAUGCCGGUCGCCGUCUACUCCAUCGGAAUACUCUUCAAAAAGGAGAUUUUUAAGAGCUCCUCUAUGCUCAACAUGCUUUCCAUCUCCUUCGGCGUUGCAAUCGCCGCGUACGGAGAGGCGCGCUUUGACGCCACCGGCGUCGCCCUCCAGCUUGGCGCUGUCGCGUUCGAGGCCACCCGCCUCGUCCUCAUCCAGAUCCUGCUCACCUCCAAGGGCAUCUCCCUCAAUCCCAUCACCUCUCUCUACUAUGUUGCCCCUUGCUGCUUCGCAUUCCUCAUGAUCCCCUGGUCCGUCGUCGAGCUUCCUGUUCUCCGCGCCCGUUCGGCCACCUCUCUCCGUCCUGAUCUGCUCAUCUUCGGCACCAACUCCUUCUGCGCCUUCGCCCUUAACCUUGCCGUCUUCCUCCUUGUCGGCAAGACUUCCGCACUUACUAUGAACGUAGCCGGCGUUGUCAAGGAUUGGCUCCUAAUAGCCUUCUCCUGGUCUGUGAUCCGGGACACUGUCACUACCAUCAACCUCUUUGGCUACGCCAUUGCCUUCCUUGGGGUCGCCUACUACAACCAUGUCAAGUUACAGGCGCUGAAGGCCAAGGAAUCGCAGAAGAAGGCUACACAGGCGGACGAGGAGGCGGGGAAGCUCCUCCAGCAAGUUGAUGGUCCCGGAGACAACAGGAAGGGUGACGCCCAGAAUUGAUCCAUACUUCAGCCUUGUUCUUCCAGAAAUAGAUCGGUUCGUCUUCAGUAUUUCUUAUGGAUCUCUUCAUUCGUUAGCUUAUCUAUCUUUAGUAACACAUUCUGCAGCCAUGGAGGAAGUUUAAGUGAGAAAACAAGGAAAAGAAUAGUAAAAAAGGGACUUUUGAUGUUUUCUUUCAUUGUUAUCCUAUUUUACUUGUUAUUAUUCAUGGAAAAGUUUGGAUUUUGAUCAUAUGUGCCUGAUUGUUGUUAUAUAUCAUUUGUCUCAGUCCGGGAAACAAGUUCGAUGGUUUUGAUUAAAUUGCAGAUCUUGCCCUGCAUAGGGAAUUAUGGACGAAUCACACUAGAUUGGCUUGUUUGUUUUCUGAAUCUAUGUUCUUUCAGAAAGACAUUGCCCACUAUAUGUUUAUCUUGCUAUUGUUCUUAUCUUGUAGAAUUUUUAUGUGUAAUGCAUUUGAUGAUUCAUUUACAUUUGGUGUUUUGCUCGUUUACCUUG